AUGGCCACCAACAAGACCCCGUUAGCCCCUCCUCCUGCCCUUCAACGCGGUAAAGCCUGUCUCCGAUGCAGAAAGCGUAAAAUGAGAUGCGAUGGUGACAAGCCCAGCUGCCAACAAUGUGUUCGUGCGAAGAAGUCCGAUUGCUGUCAGUACGACGACGGCAAAGGCAAGACGAGAACUCAGCUCCUCCGAGAGAACAUCGAACGUCUCGAACAGCGCAUCCGCGAGCUCGAGGACCCCGAGUACACCUCGCCCUCAGUCACUCUCUACGAUCCCCAUGGCCACCAGCGAUCGGGAAGUUCAUCGUCAUCGAUAGCAGGCUCACCAGGCAGUGGGGACUUCCUCCCGCACUCUCCGUUCCCCUCUGGUAAGAUACCUUUGUCCUUACCGCAUUGGUUCUCACCAGGUGGUUCAUGGAUCCAGGGCGUCCCAUCACCCUCGCCAACUCCAUUCAGUGACUACCUCGACGAGCCAGCACCUGAGCUUGCGCUUAUGCUCAUCGACAUCUUCUCGUCGCACAGGCACCAGUGCCUCCUUGGCAUUCACAUGGGUCGCCUUCGGGACUCGUACCACCUCCCUACUGUCGAGCGGCGCCACCCAGUGCUCAUGAACGCCAUCUUCCUUUGGGCAUGCUACCUCUCGCGGCCAGCACCGCUGUCGCAGCACGAGCAGCAUUACCUUGCGAAGACGCUCGAUGCCAUGAGCGAUGCUCUCCGGUAUCCACAUCGGAUCCUCGACGUCAUCCAGGCUUCGUGUCUUCUUGCCGUGUACUAUCUCUCAUGCGGGCGUGCGCUCGAAGGCAGCUACCAUGCCACGGCCGCUGCGUCGAUGGCGGUGCAGUGCGGCCUUCACGGAGCAGUCACGGGCCGGAGUCGGCCCCUAUUCGAUCUCACUGGCAUGGGCGCUGGAGGACCAUUCGAGCUCGAACCAGCCAAGGACGUUAUCGAGCAGGGCGAGCGCAUUCUCACCUUCUGGCAGGUGUUCAUCCUCGACCGGUGUUGGUCGGUCGUAUUGCACAAGCCGGUUACUAUUCUGGAGGGCGCAGAUGGGCUGUUACCAAUCAUGAUGCCGUGGCCACAGGAGAUGGAGGAUUACGAGGCGGGUCACAUGAACGAGAUACACAAUUUCCAGGGUGUACACAGUUUCUUUGAUGGACAGUUGAGCCUUAGUGGUGGGUUCACGCGGUUAGCGCUGCGUGCCAAGGUUUCCGUUCUGUACGAACGCGCGCACGCGCUCUCCGCGAACUGGAACCAACCGAUGGGGAUGUCAACUACAACUCCAGACGCUAUUCAAGCACUCGACCAUACGAUCACACAAUUCGUGAGCACGCUCAUUCCGGUACACCAGCUAGACGCCACCAUGCCAGACGAUAAGCACGCGUACAUCGCAAUCCACACGCUUGCCGCGGCCGCGAUGAUCCACCUGUACUUCCCACUCGCGAACGAUGACCCGAACUCGUAUGACAAGUGCCUGCGUGCGGCUCGCGCCUGCGUCAAUAUCGUGAAGCACAUCGCCGACACGGACUUCGAGUACCUGGACCCCAUCAUCGGGCCCUGCUGGACGUGUGCGGCAGAUACGCUCAUCCGCGAGCUCAACCUCGUCGAGGCAUCGUGGCAACUGAUGGAUAGCACCGAGGUCCGCAACGAAGUCGGCACCCUUCUCUACGCGAUGAACAGCCUCAGCGCGCGGUUCCCACUCCUUGGUGCGUCAAGUCGCGCCUCGAUGAGUGCGUGGAACUUCCGUGCUGACUCGCCAGACUCGUCGAUAGGGUACUCCGUCGCGAAGGUGCAGAAGCGGCUAUCUGGGCUGUAA